AGUUUUAUCCGCUCAAAUUAGUUGGCAAAAUGGAUACUCAGGAAAGGAAAGAAGACCUUGAGUGUCCUAACUCAAGAAAUGAGGAAUGCGAGAAAAUAUUUUUUCAAUUAAUUCUCACAGAAACUUGGCCAAACACGGUAUUGAGAAAAGAAGACCUUGAGUGUCUUACGUAGGCUACUUCCUUUGCCUAAGUAACUGGCUUCAGCUUGUUGAUGGGAAUGGGAAGUGCACUUGAGACAACUUGUGGUCAAUCAUAUGGUGGAAAGCAAUAUCACAUGCUUGGUAUUCAUAUGCAAAGGGAAAUGUUUGUUAAUCUUUUGGUCAGCAUACCUCUUGCCUGUAUUUGGACAUAUUCUUGUAAUCUUGAGACAAGAUCCAGAAAUAGCAGCCGAAGCAGGAAAUUAUGCACGCUUCAUAAUACCGAGCAUCUUUGCCUAUAGCAAUGAAGAAGAAGUAGUGACAUAUGCAGGGAAGAUGUUAUUCUUUAUAGCAGGGUCCCACUUUUUAAAUGCACAUCAAUCUGUAUUUUCAGGUAUUUCUAAAGGGUGUGGGUGGCAAAAGAAAGGUGAAUUUAUCUAUUUGGGAGCCUAUUACCUGUGGGGAAUACCUGCUGGUAUGGUGUUAGCUUUUGUCUUUCAUCUUGGAGGAACGGCAAUGAAAGCAGCAGAUAGGGUGACUCAAGAGUCAACAUAGAAUAGAAUGACAGAUUAGAUUGAUAUCAAGUACAAAACCAAUACUUCCA